AUGGGGAGAGGAAAAAUAGAGAUGAAGAAGAUUGAGAAUGUGAACAGUCGUCAAGUCACUUUCUCAAAGAGUCGUAACAGGUUGAUAAAAAAGGCGAACGAGCUUUCAUUUCUCUGUGAGGUCGAUGUCAUCGUCUUCUCCAGCACCGUCAAUGUUUACUAUUUCUCCAAAGGGUUGAUAAAAAAGGCGAACGAGCUUUCGUUUCUCUGUGAGGUCGAUGUCAUCGUCUUCUCCAGCACCGUCAAGGUUUACUAUUUCUCCAGCGGAAGAGAAGAAACGAGGGUCGUCUUCCCUCUUCGUGCGACGUUCUAUGUUGUUUCCGCUUACUUUUACCUUCUGAAACGGUUUGAGUAA